AUGGGUAUUGAAGCUUUAGUUAGUUCCGCAGAUGAAAACACCGAUGAGGCUACCCAAGCUCAACAGGAAGCGAUCGAAAGAGAUAUGAAGUCUACAUGUCUAAUUUCUGGAAUUCUUCCACUUUCAACACUUGAUGAGGACUUCACUGGUCAUUUAGUUUACUUGGAAAAAUUAAAGCUUAUGAAACAAAAUUACCGAGGGAUUCGUCGACUUCGACGUGAUGGAAACUGCUUUUAUCGAGCAUUUGGUUUUGCGUAUAUUGAGUACCUGCUAAAUGGCAAGCUAAUUAAAGAAGCUGGGAGAUUCAAGAAGAAGUGUGAUGAGUGUAAGGAUACACUGAUUGCUAAUGGUUAUACACAGUUUACUGUAGAGGAUUUUCAUGAACAGUUCGUUGGAAUGGUGGAUCGGUUUACUGUUGAUGGUGGCACAUUGGAAGAAUUAGAAGAAGUUUUUAACGAUCAGGCAUAUUCAGAUUAUUAUGUCGUAUUUUUACGACUCUUAGUUUCUGCGUACAUUCAAAAAAAAGCUGGGUAUUUUGUAAAUUUUAUUGAUGAAGGUAAAACAAUCAAUCAGUUUUGUGAAACAGAGGUUGAACCAAUGGCUCGUGAAUCAGAUAAUAUACAUGUGGCUGCUUUAGCAUUAGCUGUUGAAUUGCCUAUUUAUGUAGAAAAUUGUCAACAGUCGGGUGAAUUGAAUCGUAUCGAGUUUCCUGCAUAUAGUGAUUUAAUAUUGGAUAAUGCCGGUGAAACAAGCAGUGAUAACCAUGAUAUUCACAGUGAACAAGUAUCCAAUGAAAAUGAUUCUUUUAUUAAUAAUUAUAAACAGAAUAGUAGUUCACCACCAGUUACAUUAUUGUAUAGACCAGGUCAUUAUGAUAUAUUAUAUCCUAAUUCAUGAAAAUAUUAAAGCAAUUGAUAAGAUCGAAACUGUUAA